UCAAUUGUUCGGUUUCAUUCUGCAUUCUUUCUGAUUGUUAGAAUUCCUCGUUUCGGCACGUUACGUUUCGCUCCAAACUUUUCGAGUGGUAGACAGGUGUUAUCUACAAACAUUAUUAAUUAGGAUGGCCAGCGCCCAAAUGCAAACGUUUGAAUCUUCGGUCUUUGAACCAAAUAAAUUUCUGCAGAGUCGCUUAGAACAAUCAGUCCAUAACGAAAAGCACGAGCUGCAAAAGGAUCGGGACCAUGAGCUGGAAAGUAUGCCCGGGGAGCAAAGUGAACAGACGUACAAAAUCGAAUACAAACAUCCGUUAGAGCAUGUCUGGACGCUAUGGUACCUAGAGAACGAUCGAACUAAACACUGGAAGGAUAUGCUCAAUGAAAUCACACAAAUUGAUAGCAUCGAAACGUUUUGGGGCUUGUAUUAUACGAUCAAAACACCAUCCGAACUUAAGAUUGGCAGCGAUUAUUAUAUGUUCAAACAAGGCAUACAACCCAUGUGGGAGGACGAAGCAAAUAUAAAGGGGGGCCGCUGGCUGUUUACUGUCGGCAAGAGUUCGAAGUACGCCUUGGAUCGCAUUUGGUUGGAUAUAUUGUUAAUGAUGGUUGGCGAGUCCUUUGAAUAUGCUAGUGAAAUCUGCGGUGCUGUAGUAAAUAUACGUGCGAAAAGCAAUAAGAUAUCUGUUUGGACGGCCAAUGGAACUAACGAGCUGGCUGUUUUAGAGAUCGGUUUUAAGUUGAAAACCUUAUUACACCUACAAUCGCACAAUUUGCAAUACCAGCUGCACUCGGAUGCGAUGUCAAAAAUAAAUUCUGGGGUCAGAUCUGUAUAUAGUCUAUGAUUAUACAUUUUAUAAAUGCGUAUGUACAGCAUAUAAGACUAGCGUAGUAUAAGUGCUCAAUAGUAUAAGAACCUAAUUGGAUAUAUUUUUGACCCAAAUUGUAUUUUGAAAUUCAACAAACAAAUUCUGACAGCAAGCUUAAAAAAAUUACCGUACCUUAUUUAUUAUUCUUAAUAAAAAUGUUUGUUCGCCGCAGAUUGUUG